AUGCACAGCAAAGAACAGAUCAGUCAUGACGAAUAUCAGAAGACAGCUGACUGGUUGUUGUCUCAUACGAAGCACCGCCCCCAGGUGGCCAUCAUCUGUGGGUCCGGACUGGGCAUGCUCGCUGACACACUCAAGUGUCAGGACUCCUUCGCUUAUUCUGACAUACCAGGCUUCCCUCAGAGCACAGUGCAGGGUCAUGCAGGUCGACUGGUGUUCGGGGAACUGAAGGGGAAGACGUGUGUGUGCAUGCAGGGUCGCUUCCACAUGUAUGAAGGACACUCACUCUGCAAGACGACGUUUCCAAUUCGAGUCUUCAAGCUGCUGGGGGUGGAGACUCUGAUUGUGACGAAUGCUGCCGGCUCAUUGGCUGACGGCCUCCAGCCUGGUGACAUCAUGGUCCUCAAAGACCACGUUAACUUCCCCGGACUGGUCGGUCUGAACCCGCUGAGUGGACCCAACGACGAGAAGUUCGGGCCUCGUUUCCCGGCUAUGUCAGGUUGCUAUGACAAAGGUCUGCGUUGCCUAGCAAUGGAGAUCGCCAAGCAGCAGGGCGUGGCCAACCUCAUUCAGGAAGGCGUGUACGCCAUGGUAGGAGGGCCAAACUUUGAAACCAUUGCUGAGGCAAGACUACUGCAUCGACUGGGGGUGGAUGCUGUCGGGAUGAGUACGGCUCCUGAGGUCGUUGUGGCGACUCACUGCGGCCUGAGAGUCUUUGGCCUCUCUCUGAUCACCAACAAGGUGGUGAAGAGUUAUGAGGACUCUGAGAGUGUGAACCAUGAAGGCGUCCUGGAGGUCGGCCGAUUGCGUUCUCACACUGUGCAACAGCUGGUCACUGAACUAAUCAGCAGGAUGGAGAUAAAUAACAAUAACAACACCAAUAAUGCUGUCUGAACACACACACAUACACAAAUAUUGUGUAAAUAUUUUAUUAUUGUAUUUACAGCAUUCUUUUGAGCUUCCUUUUGUUUUUGUUUAUCUUUUUUUUAUCUUUGCUGUGAUAAAAAAAAACUUUAUUUAUAUCACCAUGGUGCCUAAUAAUUCUCUAUCAGGGUAAUGUAAUGUCUGAAUGUAAGUAUUCAUUUGUGAUAUUUUAUUAAUCCUAAAGAUUAAUAUUACGAU